ACGUCCCCGGUAGUGACGUAGCUGUCUCAUCCUCCUUGUUUUUUUUAGACAGGCUGCAGCGCGGGAAAACAAGACGAAGAGUAGAUGUGAGGGUACAAGAGUUUGGAAAUAAAAAUUAUCUUGCCAACCUGACAGCUAUGGAUGCCUCGGAGGUAGAGUUCCUCGCCGAGAAGGAGACGGUGAAGAUAAUUCCAAAUUUCAGUUUAGACAAGAUCUAUUUGAUCGGGGGCGACCUGGGUCCCUUCAACCCCGGACUGCCUGUCGAUGUUCCCGUCUGGCUGGCCCUAAACUUGAAACAAAGACAGAAAUGUAGAAUUGUUCCUCCUGCGUGGAUGGAUGUUGAUAAACUGGAGGAGAUGCGAGAUCUUGAGAGGAAAGAGGACACCUUUACGCCUGUUCCCAGUCCGUACUACAUGGAGCUGACCAAACUGCUUCUGAACUUUGCGUCUGACAACAUCCCUAAAGCGGAUGAGAUCCGCACGCUGGUCAAAGACAUCUGGGACACGCGUAUUGCCAAACUCCGCCUCUCCGCCGACAGCUUCAUCAGUCAGCUGGAGGCGCAUGCCAAGCUGGACAACCUGACCCUGAUGGAGAUCAACACCAUACGCGCCUUCCUGCUCGACUCUCUCAACUGCUUGUACAAGCUUCGCUCCAAUCAGCACCCUGGGUCCAGUAAGGGACAGUUCGCUGACUUUUAAACUCAGAAUUCAAAGCCUGCUGCACAGGUUCCCAUCUUGUCCCAUGAUCUCAAGUCUUCAACUACAGAUUGUUCUUUCUCACCCGGCCCUUCAUUACGCUAAAGACUCUUUUUUUCUCAGAAAUGUAAUUCAAAGAUAUCUAUCAAUGACCUCUUGAUGGCAACUGAAUUUGACUUGCUUUUACUUUGGUUUUGUCAAUGGGUUAUAUUUGUUGUGUGAGACAUGCAUUACUCUGUACAAAUGAAAAGCAUCUAGGCUUUAUAUGUAUCUUCUGUUUGAAUUAUGUGCAUAUUUAAUUUAAGUAAGGAUGCUCGCUGUAGUUUAAAACUGCCACCAUUGUUGUAUAUGUCAGUUAAUGUCAAAAUAAAUGUAUUUGUGUAGAGUUCUAGGGUAUAGAAUUGUAUUCCUGGACUAAAACAGAUAUUUGAAGAAGUCA